AAAAUGGAUCUCAAGUGUGCUCUGGAAGAAUGUUCAAUGGCACUGAAUUUAUUUCUGAACAAUAAGUUCUCUGAAGCUCUGGAAUUACUUCGACCAUGGUCUAAAGAUAGUAUGUACCAUGCGCUUGGGUACAGCACUAUUUUAGUUAUGCAAGCUGCUAUGACCUUUGAACAGCAGGAUAUACAAAUGGGAAUUUCUACAAUGAAGGAGGCUUUGCAAACCUGCCAAAGAUUUAGAAAAAGAAGCACAGUGGUGGAAUCCUUGUCCAAUCUAGUUUCUAAACAAUCAGUGGAUCAGUUAAGUGAAGAGGAAAUGCAUGCUGAAAUCUGCUAUGCUGAAUGCUUACUACAGAAAGCAGCUCUGACCUUUGUACAGGAUGAAAAUAUGAUCAACUUUAUCAAAGGUGGCCUCAAAAUUAGGACGAGUUACCAAAUAUACAAAGAAUGCUAUCAGGUGCUACAGAUGAGUCAGGGGAACAAAAGCAAAAAUGAAACUUACUACCAGUUUGAAGGAGGAGUAAAACUUGGAAUUGGAGCAUUCAACUUGAUGCUGUCACUUUUACCAGGAAGAAUCCUCCGACUUUUAGAAUUUAUUGGAUUUUCUGGAAAUAGGGAGUUGGGCCUCUGUCAACUACGGGAAGGCGCAUCUGGCAGCAGUUUGAGGGCCAUUCUGUGUACUUUCACCCUGUUGGUUUAUCAUACUUACAUCUCCUUAAUCCUUGGUACGGGGGAAGCCAACCUUCAGGAAGCCGACAGUCUCCUUGAACCUUACCUCCAGAAAUUCCCAAAUGGUUCCAUAAUUCUAUUUUAUGCUGCCAGAAUAGAUACACUGAAAGGAAAUUUUGAACAGGCACAGCUGAGGUUCCAAGAAUGCAUAGCAGCCCAGCAAGAAUGGAAACAAAUUCAUCAUCUCUGCUACUGGGAGCUGAUGUGGUGCUUCACCUUCCAGCAGAACUGGCUUCAAGCAUAUCGGUAUGCAGACCUGCUCAGCAAAGAGAGCAGGUGGUCUAAGGCAAUAUAUGUAUUCCAGAAGGCAUCAAUUCUCUGUAUGCUUCCAGAGGAUGAUUUGAAAAAGACUGGUGAAGACAUUGUAUCUUUAUUCAGACAAGUGGAUAGUCUAAAACAGAGAAUUGCAGGAAAAUCUAUCCCAACUGAGAAGUUUGCAGUGAGGAAAGCUCGACGCUAUGCAAGUUCUCAACCAGUGAAGCUGAUAUUACCUGUCUUGGAAAUGAUGUAUGUCUGGAAUGGCUUUGCAGUUGUGGGAAAAAGAGCAGACAUCACUGAAAACUUACUGGUAACAAUUGAAAAAGAAGAAACUGCUCUACAGAAUGAAACUAGUCACAAUGAAUACUAUACGGAUGAUGCCUGCAUGCUACAGUUACUGAAGGGCCUCUGCCUGAAGCACUUGGGAAGACUCAUGCAAGCUGAACUGUGUUUCAGUAAAGUAAUUCAAAGUGAGAAGCAAAUAAAAUAUGAUAAUUAUCUGGUGCCCUUCACCCUGUAUGAGUUGGGUCUUCUGUACAAACAACAGGAUGAGAAAGAAAAAGCAAUAAGAUACAUAGAAACUGCAAAAAACAACUACAAAGAAUACUCUAUGGAGUCCAGGUUGCACUUCAGAAUUCAUGCAGCACUUGACAGCUUGAAGGUGUCAUCUGCUUCAACACCUUGA